GAAGGAGAUGGGGAGAUGGACGGUGCAUCUCUCGGUGGGGGUCGGCCUCCUGGCCGUCCUGUUGACCUGCUGCAAUGCAGAAAUGAACUACUGCUUCGCUUCCAAGGAGACCUGCUCCGAGUGUCUGCAGGUCGGGACAGGCUGCGCGUACUGCCCUGACGAGAAUUUCAACGGCCCUCGCUGCGACCUGUACGCAAACAUUAAGGCUCACGGAUGCAACGUAGCGGCCAUCAUCACGGCUAAAAGCAGCAUGCGGAUACAGAAAAACAGACAGAUCGACAUGAAGCUCCAGCAGUCCCAGGUGUCCCCGCAGCAGGUGAGCAUGAGCUUCCUGCCGGGAGAAGAGAAGGAGGUGGACGUGCAGGUCUUCGCGCCCACCAAAGGCCCUCUGGAUCUUUACAUUCUUAUGGACUUCUCAAACUCCAUGGAGGACGAUUUGGACAACUUGAAGAGUAUGGGCAAAGAGCUGGCUUCUCUGGUGGAGAAGCUGUCAAACAACUACACCAUUGGAUUCGGAAAGUUUGUGGACAAAGUGAUCGAGCCACAGACCGACAUGAGGCCUUCCAAGCUGAAGCAGCCAUGGCCCAACAGCGACCCUCCCUUCUCUUUCCAAAACGUCAUCAGGCUGACCAGCAAGGUGGACUUUUUCAUCAGUGAGCUCCAGAAGGAGAGAAUCUCUGGUAACCUGGACGCUCCUGAGGGCGGGUUUGACGCCAUCUUACAGGCCGCAGUGUGUACGGACAACAUUGGCUGGCGUCCAGAGAGCACACAUCUCCUGGUUUUCUCCACGGAGUCGGCUUUCCACUACGAGGCUGACGGUGCUAAUGUGCUCUCUGGCAUCCUGCCACGCAACGACGAGCAAUGCCACCUCGACGGGAACGACAAAUACACGGAGGACAUCUAUCAGGACUACCCCUCCAUACCCACACUGAUCCGAGUGCUGGGAAAACACAACAUCAUCCCCAUCUUUGCUGUCACCAACCACUCCUACACGUACUACAAGAAACUCCAAGAGUAUUUCCCCAUCGCUGAGGUCGGUCUGCUGCAAGAAGACUCAUCUAAUAUCCUCCAGGUCAUGGAGAUAGCUUUUGAGAAUAUCCGUUCGAAGAUGAGUAUCCGUGCAGAGGAGAAACCCAAGGCUUUCGAAGCACAGUUCUUGUACCCCAGUGGAAGCGUUGCAGAAUAUGGAGCCUUUGACUUCAAACCUGGUGCAAUUGGAAAGUUCAAGAUGCGGCUCAAGGCUCAGCGGAUGGUUAACGAGGAGCUCGUCUGUAAAAUGGACGAGGAAGAUAAAGAGGGCAUGAUGAGAGUCAAACCUUCGACCUUUAACGCUGCCGUCAACGUCCAGGCCAGGGUUCUGUGUCCGACUUGCGACUGUGAGAAGACCCGCAUCGCCAAAGCAGAGAGAUGCUAUGGGAACGGAGACCUGGUGUGUGGGAAGUGCUUUUGUUAUGACGGCUGGGUGAGUACUUUCUGUAACUGCUCAGCCAGUUCUUCAGCUCUGGACACCAGCCAGUGCAUCGGCCCCAACAUGACAGAGCCUUGCUCAGGCCGUGGAGAGUGUAUGGAGUGCGGAACUUGUGUGUGCUACAACCCGGAUCAGUUUGAAGGGCCGUACUGUCAGUAUGACAAGACCCGGUGUCAGCGAUACGGAGGCUUCCUCUGCAACGAUCGUGGCUCCUGUGUGAUGGGCCGGUGUGCGUGUGCUGAAGGCUGGGAGGGCAACGCCUGCGAGUGUCCCAAGAGCACCCAGACCUGCCUGGACAGUAAAGGGGGUGUGUGCAACGGGCGGGGUAAAUGUGUCUGUGGCCGCUGCUUGUGUCCGGACUCAGGCAUCGAGAUGACUUCGACCUGUGAGCCAAACUUCGAGGCUCAGUUGGGUGUGUGUGAGGCCACCAGGAGUUGUGUCCAAUGUCAAGCCUGGAAAACCGGAGAGAAGAAGAAAAAAGAGGAUUGUGACAAGUGUCUCUUCAAGGUCAUCAUGGUGGACGAGCUGAAAGAACGCGAGCAGGUUCUGGAUUCCUGCAGUUACCGUGAUGAGGACGACGACUGUACGUACCACUACACUGUGGAGAGCCCCAAAGAUUCCACAGUCAAUGACUUGGAGGUUCAGGUGCUCAAAAAGAAAGAUUGCCCCGCCGCCAGUCUCCUGUGGCUGCUGCCACUCAUCUUGUUCCUCCUGUUGCUGCUGGCGCUUCUGGCUCUCUGCUGCUGGAAGUACUGCGCCUGCUGCAAAACCUGCUGCCAGAGCUGUCUGGCCCUGCUGCCUUGCUGUAAGAGAGGCCGCAUGGUUGGCUUCACGGAAGACGCGUAUAUGUACCAUCAGUCCCAGCUCAUGUCCGAUCAUGUGGACACUCCCAUGGCGAGGACUGGCCCACCAAAGGGAACUGAUGUAGUUCGCUGGAAGGUCACAGACAAUGUCCACCGACCCGCCAAUCACCCCCAGACUCUGUUAAAGCCAAACCCAAAAGAGAUCAUCCCCUUCCCGCUUUCCCUCCGACUGAACAGGCUCUUUUCGGAGAACUUGUCUCGCCCCGAGUCCAGAGACGCUGAGCAGCUGCGCAAGGAGGUGGCCGAUAACCUGAAUGAGGUGUACAAGCACAUUCCAGGGGCACAGAAGAUUCAAAAGACAGUGUUCAGACUGCAGCAAAAUGCUGGGAAAAGGAGGGACAAUGCCAUCGUGGACACUGUCCUGUCUGCUCCACGCAGCAGCUUCCCAGAUAUCGUCAAACUGACGGAGAAGAACGUCCAGUCGGGCAGAUUUCAAGACCUUAAAGUGGUACCUGGCUACUACACCGUGGAAACAGACAGAGAGGCUGCGGGAGCCAUCGAGUUCCAGGAGGGAGUCGAGUCUGUAGACGUCCAUGUCCCCCUUGUCAAAGAGGAAGACGACAACAAGAAGAAGCUGCUGGUGGAGGCCAUCGAUGUGCCGCUUGGCAUAGCAGAGAUUGGAAAACGUUUGGUGAACAUCACCAUCAUCAAAGAUCAGGCUGCCAGCAUCUUCUCAUUCCUCCAGCCUCAGUACUCCUACAGCAGGCAAGAUGGAGUCGCCCACAUCCCGGUCGAUCGUGAGAUCAUCGAGGACGGACGCACGCAAGUCAGCUACCGCUCCAAAGACGGCACCGCCAAGGACAAGAAGGACUACGUGACUGUAGAAGGAGAUCUGAACUACAAUCCAGGUGAGACCCAGAAGAUCGUACCCGUCCGUCUGCUGGAGCUGAAUGAGAGAGACGGCCUGCUGGAAGAGAAGCAGGUCAAGCAGUUCACUAUGGAGCUCAGUAACCCGCGUCAGGGGGGCAAACUGGGUCGAUACCCCAAAACCACGGUGACCAUCACGGACCUACCAGAACCCAGUGUGAUGAAUUUCAAGAAGGGCACCCAGAACUUCACGACGUCAGACCCUACCUACUCCAUCCCCGUGGUCCGCUCUCGCAACCCGGACAGCCCUGCUACAGUGAAGUGGCGCACCAAGAAGGCGAAGCGUUUCGAGCUAUCUGGUCCUCUGAAGUUUGCCCCUGGAGAGACGGAGAAGAUCAUCACUAUCGACCCGAAAGCCCACCCAGGACCGAUCCAGCAGACCUUCCAGCUGGAGCUGUUCGACCCAAGCAGCAAUGCUUCCCUUGGAGAGAGGAAGACCACCAUUGUCAAUGUCACAGAUGGAGGUCCAAGAUCCCCAGAAAUGGCCCCCUUACAACAGAAGGGCUUCAUCAGCCAAAAAGCCACCUCUCCUGGUGGUCACCUCACCUCCCCAGGGAACCCCAGAGCCAAAGCAACUGGACCCAGAAGCAUUCGACUCAACUGGGACCCUCCACCUGGCAACCCCAAGGGUUACAAGGUCAAGUAUUGGAUCUACGGCGACCCAGAGAAAGAUGCCCAGGUCUUAGACGUGAAGACAAAUCACGCUGACUUGACCAACCUGUACCCUUAUUGUGACUAUGAGAUGCGAGUGUGUGGCUACAAUGCGAUAGGAGAUGGCUACGAUACCGACGUUGUUACCUGUCAGACAAUGGAGGAUGUGCCCGGUGAGCCCGGUCGUCUUGCCUUCAACGUCAUCAGUCCAACCGUCACUCAGCUGAGCUGGGGAGAACCUGCGGAAACCAAUGGCAACAUCACGGCCUACGAGGUCGUCUACACACCGAUCGAUGACGACAUGAAGCCGGUGGGCGCGGCCAAGAAAGUAAAGAUUGACAAUCCAAAGAAACGGAUGCUGCUGAUCGAGAAUCUGCAGAACGCCCAGACCUAUCAGUACAAGGUCCGCGCCAAGAACAGCGUGGGCUGGGGUCCCUUCAGAGACGCAACCAUCAACUUGGCUUCGCAGCCCGCCAGACCUCUGUCCAUUCCCAUCAUCCCUGACAUCCCCAUCGUGGAUGCUGAGGCGGGAGACGAGUACGACAGCUUCCUGGCGUACAGCAACGAGGUGCUGAAGUCUCCGGCAAGCUCCAAGACGCCCAGCGUCUCUGGUGACGAUUUCACCAUGAACGGCAAGUGGGACCAGAACUUCCUCUUCCCGGGAGGUACAGCUACGCGCAACUUGUCGGCGUCGUCCUCCCCGAUGUCCACGCUGAGCUCCAACUACAGAGUCGGCGGAGGAGGAGGAGGCUCCUUCACCACCGAAACCACCACCACCUACCUGACCGGGCCAGGGAGCACCCGCAGGCCGGACAUGAUGGGAGGGGGCCUGCACACGUCCGAGGUCAUCAUGAGGAAGCGCUCGGAGAACAGAGGCUACGGCGAGGAGAACAUCCGCGACUCCAUCGUCAUGGGAGAAGUCAGCAAGUUCCCGGACCUCAGCGGGUUCGGCUACGCUGGGAUGCAGAGCAGCUCUCACAGCCAGUUCAGCUACAGCCUGCCUCAGGGCUCCAGGGACAGGACGCCGACAGACGUCCACGAGGCCCUGUUUAACCUGGACAGGGUGCUCCAGGAUGCGCGCCUCUCCCCCGGGAUCCCGGACACUCCCAGCAGGCUGGUCUUCUCUGCUCUGGGGCCCACGGCCCUCAAGGUGAGCUGGCAGGAGCCCCACUGUGAGAAGGACAUCCUGGGCUACAGCGUCCUCUACCAGCUGCUCAACGGAGGCGAGACGAAGCGCAUCAACGUGACCAACCCGGCGGAGAACUCGGUCAUCAUCCAGGACCUGCUGCCGAACCACUCCUACCUGUUCAAGGUCAAGGCCCAGAGCCAGGAGGGCUGGGGUCCGGAGAGGGAGGGGGUGAUCACCAUCGAGUCGGCCGUGGACCCCAAGAGCCCCCUCAGCCCCAUGCCAGGAUCACCGUUCACCCUGAGCACCCCCAGCGCCCCGGGACCCCUGGUCUUCACGGCGCUGAGCCCCGAGUCCCUGCAGCUCAGCUGGGAGAAACCCCGCAAACCCAACGGAGACAUCCUGGGAUACGUGGUGACCUGCGAGCAGCUGCACGAUGGAGGCGACGCCCGCUCCUUCCAGGUGAACGGCGACAACGCGGAGACCAGUCUGACGGUCCCGAACCUUUUGGAGAAUGUCCCGUACAAGUUCAAGGUCCAGGCUCGAACCACGCUGGGUUUCGGCCCCGAGAGGGAGGGGAUCAUCACCAUCGAGUCUCAGGACGGAGGAGCUUUGUCUCAGUUUAACAGCCAGUCAAUGACGAGACGGGAAGUCUUCCAAAUGCCAACCGAAGUCACAACCCGGACCAACGUCUCCCACGCCAUGAUCAACGACCCCUACUUCACAGAUGGGAUGAUGAUGACCUCCCAGCACAUGGAGACCAGCGGCAUGGUGACCCGCCAGAUCACCAAGGAGGUGGUCCAGAGGAGCGUGAUGGGCGGUACCACCGUCACCAAGAAGAUGUUUCCAAUCUGAGACUCUGUAAAAUAAAAAAAAAAAAGGAAGUUGGCUGUCUUUUUUAGGGGAUCUUUAGGUGAAAGAGGGGGAGGCUCCUCCUUUGUGUCUGUUACAAACACUUUACAGUUCAGUUGUGUCCUGAUUUGACCUCUGUUGGCCGAGGCAGAGGUCAUCCAGUAAUCCAAAGUGACCCCCACCCCCCACCCAAUAAUCUGACCCCCAGGCUGCUUUAAACACUUUCUUCCUCUUCUCCGUAUCUGAACGGUCCUGAGUUGGUGGAUUUGGGAUUUUAUUUUAUUUUUUUUCUGUUGAUAGAUUUGUAUGAUAAUAAAGUGUUUCCAAACAUAUUUAAUACUUUUACAGCCUCACCCUGCAGACACAGGUUCUGUUCUCGAUAUUUCAGCAAUCAGGGCAAACGAUCAAAGAUGCAGUCGCAGGAUGUCCGCGCCGAACCUGCUCGUUGGUUUUUUUUUUUUUGUGUUUCUUCGUCCCCGCAGGCGUUUAAGCAGAUUAACAUUUGAAUGGUGAGAUUUUUUUCGGGGGGAGGAAACAGUGUGUAAGGACAGAAUGAUUGUAUUUGCUUCCACUGCUGUAUUUUUGUCUUUUUCACACAUUUGAGGAUGACCGAUCGGAUGAAAUAAAAAAACAAACUCAUGUACUUUCUGAUCAACAUGUAUCAUUCGCAUUUUAACAGUUUUUUUUUAACUUUUGUCUGUCAGUUUUAUUGCACUCAAUAAAGAUUUAAAACCAUG